UAUUAGAUAGAUGCCUAAUACGAAAAAUAUUCACUAUUUUAAUGGAUAAAACACAGAAGAAAAUUUUAAUUUCCAAUUGUGCAUUGUAAACAAUAAGUGUUGGUGUUAGAUGUUGUCGUUCGGUGUUGUUGGAGCGCAACUAAUUUUGUCAAUUUUCACGCUCCAUACUAUGGAUACAUAGAAGUUAUUUGUGUCAGUGAAGAAAUUUGUGAAAAAAAGUUUAUCUAAUUUCCCCGUGAAGAAAUUUUCAUCAAGCCUCAGUGAAAAUGUUAAUUACAUAGAAGAAAUUGCCGAAAGAUUCCAGCAGAGCAAGGCAACGGAUGAAGAAAAAGUAGUAUUGAGUUGAAAGAAAGCUAAUUUGCAAUAGAAAAGUGAUUUUUUUCUUCGUUUUGCAAAAUCUUGAGUGACAAUUGUGCGUGUGCUUUUUUUUUUUUGAGUAUGCGGACGGGUGUGUGUGUACGUUUGUGAUCUUCGCCACGCCAAAGAGAAGACAAAUGGACAGACAGACAGGCAGAUAAUCGGUCAGUCAGUCGGUCAGUUUGUCAAACAACAACAACAUCCGGGGGAGAAGAAAAUUAUAUCCAAAGAAAACGUUAGCAGGCACCCAAACCUUGCGCAACAAACAAACACACAUACAUUCUCAUACAUUCGCAAUAAUAAUAACAAUAACAAUAAUUUAAGGAAAUUGAAAUUCCUUUAGACGCGGCGAGCAAAAAAAAAAACAGAAUCUAUAAAUCUGUGACAAAUAAGAACACAGCACAGGAAAAAAAAUUAAACCGCACAAACGCAGUCACCAGUAGCAGUCGCAGCAGCAGCAUCACCCUACUCAUCAUCGUACAUACCUACAUAUUUACCAUACAUAUAUUAACACAAUCGAUUUGUGUUAAUUGCUCUCUACAUCUUGUGAUAUGCAACAUCAGCAUCCCAGAACAUUGGAGGCUUCGGCUGCUGCCCAUACAUCUGGCGGUGCUUCGUACGAUGGUAAAAUUGCUGGUCUCUAUGAUUUGGAGGAGACAUUGGGUUCGGGACAUUUUGCUGUAGUGAAAUUGGCACGACAUGUCUUCACCGGGGCCAAAGUGGCCGUCAAGGUGGUGGACAAAACCAAACUGGACGAAGUCUCUAAGGCUCAUUUGUUUCAGGAAGUAAGAUGUAUGAAACUCGUACAGCAUCCCAAUGUCGUGCGUCUGUACGAAGUUAUUGAUACCCAAACUAAAUUAUAUUUAGUUUUGGAAUUGGGCGAUGGCGGUGAUCUCUACGAUUAUAUCAUGAAACACGAUGGUGGUUUGAGUGAAAAUUUGGCCAGGAAAUAUUUUCGUCAAAUAUUGCGGGCAAUUACAUACUGUCAUCAGUUGCAUGUGGUACAUAGAGAUCUAAAGCCAGAAAAUGUGGUGUUCUUUGAAAAGCUCGGCGUGGUUAAACUUACCGAUUUUGGUUUUAGCAAUAAAUUCUCUCCUGGCCAGAAGUUGGAAACGUUUUGUGGUAGCUUGGCUUAUUCAGCGCCCGAAAUUUUAUUGGGAGACUCAUACGAUGCACCAGCUGUGGACAUUUGGUCGCUUGGCGUCAUCCUCUAUAUGUUGGUGUGUGGCCAACCACCCUUUGAGAAGGCCAAUGAUUCGGAAACCCUUACCAUGAUUAUGGACUGUAAAUACAGUGUACCACCACAGGUGUCACCAUCAUGUCGCAAAUUAAUUGCCUCCAUGCUGGUGCGGGAUCCCAAGAAACGGGCAACGCUUGAACAAAUAUCCGCCGACGAAUGGGUGAAUGAAAUGAGCAGUGCAAAUGAUGCCAUGGAUUCGCUGCCGCUGAUAAGUCGGGAACAGUUGAGCGAAGAAGAUCAUGCUUUCAUAAUACAAAAAAUGAUCAAUGGCAAUAUAGCACCCAAAGAGGAAAUUCUUCAAGCAUUGGAUAAAAACAAAUAUAAUCACAUAACAGCAACCUAUUUCCUAUUGGCCGAAAUGCGUUUGCGUAAACGACGCGAGGAACAACACCUCAAGCAUAAUCCCCAUUUGGCCUCAACGCUGCAGGGGAAAAAAAACAUUGUUGGUGGACGUGCCCAAGUGCCGGAUAAAAAAACAGCUGGCGUUGGUGUUGGGGGCAUUGGUGGUGGUGGUGGCAAACAACCAAUGAUGGUGCCAAUUAAUAUUGUUUGUGCACCGGAACCAAUGCAAAAUGAUUUAAAAACGGACAAACGUACAAGAAAAUGUAGCAUUGUACGCGAGGAGGAUGAAGAGGAAUCUUCACAUGAACUCUCAUCGGACGGUAAUGAAUUGAAAGUGGCCGUCACCAGACGUGAGUCAAUAUCUGAUGGCCGUCUUAAUCGUUCUGUUCAAGAGAAAUGUUCUAAUAUUGUCUCCUCCUCUUCCACAGCCUCUAACAAAACGAGUGGUGGUGGCGGUAGAGGAGGAGGCGUGGCAGAUGCCGAUGACACGGAUGCCGUCAUGGAUACACCAACAAAAAUGGUUGUAUCGGUCGAUGCUGCGCUGGCGCAAAAACUAAAACAAAUCGACAAGGAUACAACCGACGACGACGUCGUCAGCUGCUUGACGGUGGUGCGUAAACCCCCACCACCAUCAUCGCCUGACAAUUCGGAAAAUAAUACCGAAAAAUCAUCGGAAAUGGAGGACACGUUACGCGGCCUAAAGGAAUUGGAAAUUGGCAAACUGAAACAUUUGCCAGGAAAUACGCAUAAAAAUCCUGUCCUCACACAUAGACGUCACUCGAAAUUGAAUAAAAUUCGAACGCCAUCGUGCAGCAGUUCCGAGGCGUCCGACGAUGAUACGAAAAGUCGUAACAAAAAGAAAAUCCAUAAAUUAGGCGGUGAUACACCGACACGUUUUCGAAUGCAUCGGCGUGACUCACAUGAUGACUCGAGUGAUUCGCAGGAUCAAGGAUUUCCAACGACGGGUGGUACACAUGGUGGCCAUGAUUUGAUAACAACAACAAAUGUCAACAAUAAACGCGAAAGUCAAAAUCAUCAGCAAAACAAAUCGGAAUCCGAUACACGUAAUAAAUCAUCUCACGCCCAUGGGCACCAUCAUAGUAGUACACACAAACAACAGCAGCAUAAACACAAUAGAACAACAACAAACAACAAGGAUGGCCACAACUCACUGGCUGAGUCGUCGAAAACAUCGGUCAUCCCGCUUAAUUCGAAUAAUGUCACCAAUAUUCGAAUACGUAGACGAAUACGCGAAAGUCAAUCAUUGGAUCGCAUUACGGAGGCUCAAGAAUAUGAAAUGCGUCAUCAGUACAACCAUCAUCAUCAUCGUCUGUCGUAUUCGGGGGGCGAAAAUGGCGAACGUUGUACAAUUACCGAUCAAAGAAAUUCCCUGUUUAAUUUGCAUACCUUUCCCGAGACCAAGGAAGACGAUGAUGAUGACGACGAUGCCAUGGACGAUGAGGUAUGCAAUGCGGCUGGUGGCACAAAUUUGGAUGGUGAAAACAAUUCCGAUUUUGCCAAUCAAGCUGAACAGCUAAGAAACUCCUUGAAUACCCUUAAGCUGAUAGGUGGUAUUAGUAGUGGUGGUGGUGGUGGCGGCAGUGGCGCCGGCAAUCAUUCGAAUAGCAGUAGCCUAAAAUCAUCCCAUACCCAUAGUUCCGCUAGUAGUAGCAUUUAUAAAUUAAAUUCCAUAGAAGAAAUCGAUUUGAUUAUCAAAGAAAAGAGUCUGACAAAGACACUGCAGGCAACCAGCUCCAAAUGUUUUGUGACCAUUCGAAAGAUACGCAAGCUAGGUAAAUAUUUUCCAGUUGUAAAUUUCUCGUAAUAACACGUUGCUGACCCACCUGGAAGAAGAACUAGAAGUAAUUGAUUGGCAGAACAUCAAGUAGCUGCUGCAGCAAGUGUGUCUAACAACAACAAAUAAAUGCCAAUUUAAAAUGCAUGUUCGUCGUUCAAAGCCCAAACAAAAAAAUCCCAAACAUUUAACCAGAGAAACACACAUACACACACGCGCGCAUUCUAUUGACAAAAUGUGCAAGCAACAAAACAAAUCAACAAAUGUUCUAGAAUUAUUCAUACAAAAAUGGGGUGGCGAAAAUAUUUCCGUUUUGGAAUUUGUAAAACAAAAAUUGAGAGAAAAAAUUAUUUAAAUUUCAAUUUCCAAUUUGGGUUUCUCAGAAAGUAUUAAUUCGUUUGAAUUGAGAACAAGUCAAGGUGUAUUUAUAAGGUGGCGCAAGAGGCGAAUUCAAAAGUUUAAUUUUUUGUUGGAAAAAUUUAACCAAAAAAAUAUGAUAAUUUUCAAAAUUAAAUUUUAUACUGGCAUAUUUUUGAGGUUAUAAAGGCAAGACCUAGUCCUUAGCCGGUCUUAAAGAAAACCUUGUAAAAAGAUUGAACCAUUUUCAAAAGAAUUCCUACGGAUUUUCUUUCGGAUUGACAUAGAGAAACAUCCCUUUUAAUAUUGUAAAAAGAAUGACAAAAAAUUGUAUUGAAAAAAUGCAAAUUUCAAAUGGAGUUGUUUUCGUUGGCCCAUUGCAACAAAACAAAAAGAGCUGUAGUCUAUAAGAAUUAAAAUAAUUAACCAUGGAACUAAGUUGAGUUAUACAAUUCCUUUUUUAACUUCUUAUAAAAACAAAAAACCAAGAGAAACAAAAAUAAAUUAAAAACAAAAUACAAAUCAAAUAAUUGUGGUAACUUUGCAUCCAUAUUGAAAAUAUGUUGUCUCGUGUAUACCGUGUAAAACUUCAAAUCCAAACAAACAAACAAACAAAAAUAAUAUAUGAAAACUUAGAUAUUUAUCGCCUGUUUAUUAGAGUUUAGUAACAAAAGAAAAGAGCAACAACAACAAACAAACCCAUUAAAAAAAUAUAUAAAUUAUGUAAAACAACUACAAAAAACAUAUAUAUAUUUCUAAUGCAUUAGUUUUAUUAUUUUUAAUUUAAACAAACCAACAAACAAAAAAAAAAAACAAAUAAAGAACAAUAAUUUAAGUAUAAAAAUCUAAAAGAAACAAAAAAACAAAUACACCCAAAAGCAUUCAUAAGAAACACACACAACUGCAAUCUUCAUCAUUUAGAAGAAUGGAAAAACAAAAAAAAAUUGAAAAAAAAAAAUAAAAAGAAUAAUAACAUCACGUACCUAUCUGUGUAUACCGUUCAAGGGAUCUAUUUCUAUCUCUUCCAAACCAUUUCAAAUCAUCUACAACACUCACUACUAACACUUCAUCUACUCUCUCAUUCAUUCAUCCAUCCAUCCAUCCCAUGGAGCCGCCUGUUAAUCAUUUGCAAAUAAAGAAA